AAACCCCGCCCCCUACCCGAGCGCGCACAGACACGCACACCUUCCCCCUCCUGUCUGCUCUGUAAUCCUCCGGUCUUUGCUGGCAUUAUGGCGGAAAUUAAAACGGGAAUAUUUGCGAAGAACGUGCAGAAACGGCUGAACCGCGCACAGGAGAAGGUUCUACAGAAACUGGGAAAAGCAGAUGAGACCAAAGAUGAGCAGUUUGAACAAGUGGUUAUUAACUUCAAGAGACAAGAGUCUGAAGGUGCUCGGCUGCAGAGGGAGAUGAAGGCCUAUAUGUCUGCCAUCAAAGGCAUGCAGCAGGCGUCCAUCAACCUGACACAGUCUCUGCAUGAAGUCUAUGAACCGGACUGGCAUGGCAAAGACGACAUAGUGACUAUUGGGAAGGACUGUGAUGCAUUGUGGGAAGACUUCCAUAACAAACUGGUGGACUCAACUCUUCUGAACUUGGAUGGGUACCUGCAGCAGUUCCCAGACCUAAAGGUGCGUGUGGCCAAAAGAAGCCGCAAACUCAUUGACUACGACAGUGCUCGUCAUCAACUGGAAUCUUUGCACGCUGCUGGGAUGAAGAAUGACAGAAAGGUUCUGAAGGCAGAAGAUGAGCUUAAAAAGGCUCAGAAAGUGUUUGAUGAGCUGAAUGUCGGUCUGCAGGAUGAGCUGCCAACUCUUUGGGAUUGCCGUGUAGGUUUCUACAUCAGCACCUUUAGGUGUGUGACAAAUCUGGAGGCAAAGUUUCACCGAGAGAUCUCACUGGUGUGCAGGGAGCUGUAUGAAGUCAUGACCAAAUUAGGAGAACAACACUCAGACAAAAUCUUCACCAUCCAAGGAGCUCCAAGUGACUCUGGACCACUUCGCCUUGCCAGAACCCCGUCACCACCGGACGAUGAGACUCCGCCAGAGAGUCCAGAUGCCAGCUCCAAUCACAUGCUCCGCCCAGUUUCACCUGGGCCGCCUCGACCAAAAUCCCCAAUUCAGCUUAAAAAGGGUCCACCUGUUCCUCCACCUCCUAAAGUCACACCCACCAAAGAAGUGGCUGAAGAGCAAAUUAUUGAUUUGUUUGGUGGAGAAUUUCUACCUGCUCCAUCACCAUCUCAGCCAAAUGAACGACCAGGAGAGUCUCUUCUUGAUCUGGACUUUGAUGCUUUUCAGCCAGAUGACAGUGUUUCACCGAUUCCUCAGACGGCUGUACCAUGGGACAUGUGGUCGGAAAAUUCCCAACCUGCUCAGCCUGUUGCCGAUGCUGGAUUUGCUGCUGACUGGUCUGCAGACUUUGGUUCAAUGUCAGCAAAUGGAGAUGUUGCUUCAGCUGCAGUCCCCAUAGCUUCAGAGAUGCCAGAAGGGCAGCAGGUCGGUGUUCAGGGUGGAGCUCAGUGCUGGCCCCAGGCUGAAAGCUCACCACCAGGUGGAGACACAACUUCUGUCCAGGACAGUGAGCCCAGACGAAAGGAAGAUGAGGAUGUAGCUGCUCCAUCAUUUUUUACAGAUUUUGACAAGUUGAAUGAAGUUGAGAGCGAAAAAACUGAAGUCCCUGAAGCAUCACAGAAACAAGCAGCUGAUAAACACAAUAAAGCUACAGCGCCCCAUGGUGGAGGAGAACAGUGCACAAAUCCAUCUAUUGCUGCUGGUGAAGACACUGAACAUCAACCUGUAGAAGCAAAAGUUGAGGAAAUGCCAGCUCCCCCUGCUGGUGAAGUUAGGGAACAUGAAGCUGGUUCUGAUGUUGAAGAGGAAAAUGAAAAAUCAUUGGACACUCUACAUGAGGAAGAACAAGCUAUUAAAGCUGGAAUUCCAGAGGAGGAGCCUUCUGAGGUCCCUCAGGCUGAUGAGACCAAAUCAUGUGAAGGUGAAUCGGCUCCUUCGGAAAGGAUGCCCAUCCCCUCUGUUGUGAUUGAACCUGCCUCCAGUAAUGAAGGUGACGAUGAUCGGGAUGCUGACAUCAUCUCGCCGACAGCAGUCAGUGACAACAGUGUGACGUCUCAAAGCAACACCCUCAAACACAUGAGUCCUUCCGGUGGUGGGUCAGGAUUUCCUGAUGACUUUCUUUACAAGGUGGAGACUAUGCAUGACUUUGAGGCUGCAAAUUCAGAUGAGCUGGAACUGAAGAGAGGUGAUGUGGUUUUGGUGGUUCCUACUGCUUCAGUGGAAGAUCAAGAAGCUGGCUGGCUCACAGGGAUGAAAGAAAGUGACUGGUUAAAUCUUGGAGUUGGUGCUCAAAAAGGACUUUUUCCUGAAAACUUCACUCAGCGUUUGGAGUAACAACUUUAUGUUAAAAAUAUAUAUAUUUCUCAAAUGUGUAUGCAAGCUACCAAGUCAGCAGGUAGCUUAGCCUGUUCGGUUUCUAACAAAACUGCAGCACUGUUGUGUUGGACAGCUGCUAAAACCGGCAUGACAAUAAACAAAUUGUUUUUCCACAGUAGUUCUUUAUCAGCAAGAUGUGACUCUGUUGUAUCCUGUCUCUGAAUUAAAUGUUUCAUUGUCCUAAAGCUAAUAAGAUUUUAUUGAAAAUCCUUGUCUAAACAUAAUGAUGUAAAUCUAAAUUAUCUCUAAAAUUUUAAGUCUAAAACAGUCUAGAACAAAAUAAAAAAACAAGAUGAGCUGUAGCUCCCUGGCAGCAUGAGUGUUUUAAUUAACAUACAAUUUUUUAUAGAAACCUUUAGUGCAGUGAUUUGUUUAAGUGAUUUUGUGUGCAAUAUGAAAAUAAUGAAUACUGUAUAUUGGUUUUAAUUGUCAUAGUUACUGUGGAUCUUUAAUCGCUGUAUCGUUGUUUAGGACAUGUUGAUGGUGUUUAGUUCAUGUGUCAUAAAAUAUGCCCGAAAUCCUGAUGUGAAAUGUCCUAGAAUUUAUAAACAAAUAUACUUUAAGCAUGGAAGAAAUAAAAAUUUCAAGAUCGAAAUUACAGAAUCUCUCUAAAUGAAAGUCUGAGCCAACAAAAAACAGCAUAUGUUCAAGUGGAAAAAAGGAAGUAUUCACAAUCUAAUAUGCAUUGUUUGUUACGAUUCACAGUGUCAAAUAUAGACUUUAAUGUCCUCUUUAGCUAAUUACAGGCUAACUGUACACAGGUCAUAUAGAAAGUUAACAUGUUAUAACUGAAUAAACCACAACUUAUUAAUCAAAA